UGGGAACUGCUUUCGAUUGUUGGCGGGCGCCGCCAUCUUGGUCAGUGAGCUUGCGAGUGGCUGUACGACGAGGUGUACGUAUUUCGGUGAAACGAGUAUUUGGUGCGAUUUCCCUGAAACCUUUCGUCUACCCGUGAAAUCCACAAGCAUCCAAGAUGUCGGAACGGGAGGACAACGUUUAUAAAGCGAAAUUGGCUGAGCAAGCGGAACGCUACGACGAAAUGGUCGAGGCGAUGAAGAAGGUUGCCUCGCUGGACGUGGAGCUGACCGUCGAGGAGAGGAAUCUCCUUUCUGUCGCCUACAAAAAUGUGAUCGGAGCGAGAAGGGCGUCUUGGAGAAUAAUAUCUAGCAUUGAACAAAAGGAGGAGAACAAAGGCGCCGAGAGAAAGCUGGAGAUGAUCCGCCAGUACCGAUCUCAGGUCGAAAAGGAACUGAAAGACAUCUGCGCUGAUAUCCUCGGAGUUUUGGACAAACAUCUGCUCCCAUGUGCGUCUACUGGAGAGUCGAAAGUCUUCUAUUACAAAAUGAAGGGCGAUUAUCACCGUUACCUUGCUGAGUUCGCCGUCGGCAACGACAGGAAGGAAGCGGCAGAAAACUCUCUGGUCGCUUACAAAGCGGCGAGCGACACCGCCAUGACCGACCUUCCACCGACUCAUCCCAUCCGCUUAGGAUUGGCGCUCAACUUCUCCGUGUUCUAUUAUGAGAUCCUCAAUAGUCCCGACAGAGCAUGUCGUCUCGCGAAAGCUGCCUUUGACGACGCGAUCGCGGAACUAGACACGUUGUCCGAGGAGAGUUACAAAGAUUCUACCCUCAUCAUGCAGCUUCUCAGGGACAAUCUUACUCUCUGGACGUCGGAUAUGCAAGGAGACGGGGAGGGCGAACAGAAGGAGCAGUUGCAAGAUGUGGAAGAUCAGGACGUAUCGUAACUCUAACUGUA